GGUGGACGCAGCUGUGGCCUCCUCACCCGCCGAGGAAUCACACUACGGGUUCUUCUCAAAGACGGGCUGAUUGAACCCGGGCAAGGAGUCCUCUCUAUUUAUUAUCUGGGGAAGAAAUUUUGGGGUGACCUGCUGACCGAUGGGAAGAUCGCUUGGCAACAAACCGGACAGAUCUUCAACUCCCCCAGCGCCUGGGCCACCUAUUGUAAGAAACUGGUCAAUCCCGCGAAGAAAUCUGGCUGCGGUUGGGCCUCGGUGAAGUACAAGGGCCAGAAGCUCGACCAAUACAAGGCCGUCUGGCUGAAGAAACACCAGCCCAACGCUCCCCCUGCGGAGGAGACUCUGAUCAGUGAAGGGGAGGAAGAGGACCUGGGUGACGAGGAGGAAGAUGAGGCCAAAGGGAUGAAGGCAGCCUUGGCUGACUCCAUGCUGGCCAAGAAGAUGGACGACAAAAGCAGGAAGCCCCUGGUGAAAAGCCUGGCAGACUUGCACAGCGCGGAUCACAGCAAGAGGCUGGAUUGCCGGAAUCGGGUUCCUGUCCGGUAUUGCAAUCUGGGGAGUCGGGAUUCUGUCAGGAACCCGCAUACCUUGGUGGAGGUGACGUCGUUCGCAGCCCUCAACAAAUUCCAGCCUUUUAACGUGGCCAUCUCGAGCAAUGUUCUCCUGCUCGUGGAUUUCCACAGUCAUUUAACAAAAAGCGAAGUGGUGGGAUACUUAGCAGGCCAAUGGAACAUCAACAGCCAAUUGCUGACGGUACUGAGGGCAUUCCCUUGCCGGUCACGACUUGGAGACAAUGAAUUGGCAGCCAUCAUGGAAGAAGAGAUCUGCCAAAACCUUUUCCUGAGAGGUCUGUCGCUGGUGGGCUGGUAUCACAGCCACCCAUUCAGCCACCCCCUUCCCUCCUUGCAAGACAUCGACAUGCAGAUGGACUACCAGCUGAAGCUCCAGGGAACCAGUAACAGCUUCCAGCCGUGCUUGGCGCUCAUUUGUGGUCCUUACUACCAUGGCAAUCAAGGUGUAGAGUCCAAGAUUUCCCCCUUCUGGGUUAUGCCACCUCCGGAGCAAAGACCUUACGACUACGGCAUCCCCAUGGAGGUUGAAGUCACUUACAUCCAGGAUGGAUUUUUAACCAACGACAUUCUCCAUGAAAUGAUGCUGCUGGUGGAGUUUUACAAAGGGGCACCUGACAUGGUGAAGUUCCAGGACGCAUGGAGUCAGGAGCAGACCUACCUGGACAAACUCAAGGGCUCCUUAGCAUCUAGGAUCCCCAAGGACCAAGGCUUUGGGCAUAUCCUGGAACAAGUCUACGCUGCCCUCCAACACAGCAGCUGACGAAGCAUCCCUUCGAACUCAGGGGACUCAGGCAGAGGUCACAAACCUGGAUCGAGGCAGGGUUUGAAUCCAGAACCGCAAGCCCUGACGUGCAUCGGGGAAAGGAACAAAAAAGACAGGGUCAAAGUGGAUCCUUUCCCCCCGCCAUGUUUGAAGUCAUCCAUUUUUUUUGGCUCAAGCCUUUGGCUGGGAAAGCGGGAGAAAGUACCCCCCCCAGAUGUGUUAGAAAGUAGGUCAGUGCGCCCAUUUUACAGAUAGGCAAGUCGUGAGCGUCAGUAACAUAAUUUUUUUGGGGGGGAGGUCAGCGUGCGGAAAUUUAGUUUUGCCAAUAGCACCAUUAGGAACUUGUUUUCUACAGCAUUUAAGCAGAGAUGUAGCUUUUGCCAGCUUGCCUGGAAAUACUGUUGGCUAGGAAAAUAUUGUCUUUUGAGCAAAUGGGCCCAGAGUUGUGGCAAGAUGGGUGGCUGAUCCAUUUAAAUAAAUAAAAAUAAAUAAAUAAUAAUCUGAAAUAGGACAAGCUGGGGAAGCAAGGGAGAAGGCGACCAAGAUCCUCUUAGAAUGGGUAAUGGAAGAAAAUUUAAAAAAAAUGUCCAAAAUCCCAUUCUAAAAGAGGGAAAAAUAUAUAUAUAUUGGUACCCAAGUUUGUCCUCUGGCUUGACUGAAGGAAAGGAAAGGGAGGUUCAUAUCGAAGAGAUGCUGGGUUGAAUAAUUCUUUUCCUGUUUUAAGCUUUCUCUCUCAAAAGGGGGUUUUUGCUGCAGAAGGAAGCCCUUCGUAGACGCCAAAACACGGAAUGAUAAAAAGAUGGGAAUACUUCGGGGAUGGCCAAAAUGGGGAGAAUUACAAAUUGUCCACCUGCCGAGUGUGAGCUCGGGCCCUAAAAAUGGUCUUUGUUCACCUGGGAAAGGU